UGCUGUAAAAUGAAACGGAAGCGCUGUUUACCUGCGGUUUUUUGUGUGAUUUGCUUUUCCAUCUUGAUCGCCUGGGUCAUGGGAGAUAUUUUCCGGCAGCAGUCUUCUGGUGCCGUCAUCGAUGCCGAUGAAAAUGAUACGAUGUUGGAUGCUGUUGAGUUGGAUUAUGCAGAUGAGCAAGUGACAGCAGCCCGAACCAGUGGAUUCGCUGUAGCAAUCGAUCAUUCCUGUACGCUGACUGGAGAGUGCAAGAUUGUUUGCAAAGGAAUGGAUGUGAAGGUGAUUUCGGGAAAAAUCCGGAAAAUUCUAGCGGACCUGCUAUGCAGUGAUAUCAUCCUUAUCAUCGACAACCUUUUCGUAGAGGACGAAAGAAUCUCCAACAGCUGGCUCGAUCUGGACGUGGACAUAAACAUCGAUCAACUGGAACUGAAAGCCUCGCAAAUAAUCGAGAUCGCACCGGGAUCAUUUGACGCUGGUUGCCUGUACGGAACAUCCACUCUAACAUUGGACUCGCUGCAAAUCACUCGCUUGGAGGGCUACACAUUUAUCGGCUUGUCUCAGCUGAAAGUGCUGAAUCUGAAGAAUCUGCCGCUAAAGGUCGUAGAACCGUACGUGCUGGGUCCGAUGGUGUUCUCUCUGACGAGGCUAACAGUCGACGGAUGUUUGAAUUUAGUGAGCCCAGCACCGUUCACGGGAUCAUUGAAGCUUCACAACUUGGCGACUGUUUCGUUCGAGAACAACGUAUUCGAGAAUGUUAUCAGCAGUGACAGUUUUGCGAUGCUUCCAAAAUUAACAAAUUUGUAUUUGAGAAAUUCACGAAUUAAUUCACUGCCGAAAGGCGUGAUCGAGAGCAUCAACGCAACGGUUAAACUGAUUAAUCUGGAAAGAAACAAAUUGAAAACUUUGGAUGAGGGAGUUUUCGAUAGUGUGUUGGAUAAGAGCGUUAAAAUUUUACUCAACGGGAAUCCGUUUGUGUGUGAUUGUGGUUUGAGUUAUUUACAGGACCUAAUUGUAUCGUACCCUGGCAUGUUCGACAAUGUUACAUGUGACAAUCCAGCUGAUCUAGCUGGUGAAUUAGUAGCAUCAGUCGACAUUUGUAAAUCAACCGUAAGUCCUAUAGUAACUCCAGGUGAGCCCUCGACAGAACCGCCAGAAACAACGGACACCACAUGGACUACAGAUAGCAGGUCUUCGUAUCCCACAUCAACAGGGCCAACUACAACUAUCGGAAAACCAACACACAGGCCAACAGACCCUCUGACUACAGAAACUAUAACCCCUACCAGACCACCAUAUAGCACAUUUACUCCGCCCUAUACAAAUUCAACUUCUUCCGAAAGCUCUUCUCAGCCAUCGCCGUCACCUACUCCUGAACCUACUCCUUCAUCAACCAGCUCCACGUAUGCUCCAUCUUCAACUGAGGUUAAUCUGUACGCUCUACAGUGUUUAUCAACAGCUGUGACGUCUAUCAACGUUUUCCAAACAUCAGAAAUCAAUAUCCACAAACGGUCCAAAACCUUCGUGGUAUCGGAUGCACAGGAGGGAGCCGUUGAAGUACUGCUCGAACAGUACUAUCCCAACUCGCUCAUUCUUUGGUUCUACGACACAUCUUCGAGUACCGUAUUUCCAAUUAACAUCGAGGAUAGUUCAAAUUGUGCCGAAAUCAGUGGACGAACCGUUCGUAUCACAAACCUUGCUCCGAAUAAAAAUUAUAUUUUCUGCAUAUUCUACAUGAACGAAAUCAGCAUUUCACCAUUCGAUUGCUUACCACACAAACUAUUGCCGACUUAUGGACAGCGUAGCUGGCUAACCGAAGAUGAUAAAAUUAUCGUGAUUAGUAUUCUGAUUUCCUCCGUACUGGUUGCCAUUUUGACUGGCAUCGUGAUGACGUAUUGUUUUAUCAAUAGUUUCACGACGUACAAAAAAGCAUGCCGCAAUAUGUCGGCGGAUCUACGAUUGAACAAAAGCGCCACCAACCAGUGUUACAUGACGCCGGUUGCGGCCGAACAAACGGAAAGACUCCGCCAUAAGCGCAGCGUGUCUGAUAGCAGUGUUGAAAGUGGUCGCAGCUAUGUAUCGGCCGUUGUCCCUGCUACUCAGUUCCAGUACAUUUCCUGGAAGAUGGAAAAUCGUUCGCGUCCCUCGAUGGAGUACUACCCGAAAGAUCCUCCCCCGCCGCCGUUACCACCGCACCCAAGCAAGCGAUUGAAGAAGCAAAAGUCGGAAAUUAAGAUCAACUUCCAGGAAGUUUACGAUGACCCCACCAGCACCAGCUAUACCUCCUGCCCACCGAUGAAGGUGCACCCGGGGAAGCACUAGACGUUGGUGGGGUGUUUCGUUUUUGAAUGAUGUAUUGAACUUUUAGGUCGCUGCUGGUUUGACAUAUUUUAUGCUUUGAGAACAGUUUCUGGUUAAACAAGUUCAGCGUGUUUCGGUUGCGCAACGGGCUAUCAGUCAAUGAAGGUCAGAAUAAAAAUGUUCGGGAAGAUCUGGCGUAUGUUUCUCCGCAAAUGGUUUUUAUCCACAGAAAAAAUGUAAAAGUUCAUUCGAGUAGUGUUAUUAACUAAC